AUGUUAUUAACAAAAAUAGUUCUAAGAAAUCUAUUCAAUCCAUUUAAAGUACGUUUUAAAAUAUCACCAAGGUAUUUGAGUACGAAUUAUGAGAGUUCAUCAGACACUGUAGAUUUGGCGUACGCUUCAUAUGAAAGUACUGCUGAUCCCGAAGAGACUAAUCUUCCUCCUUUAGUUAUUUUACAUGGAUUAUUGGGGUCUAAAAAUAACUGGAAUAGUAUGAGCAAAGCCAUACACCGCACAACUGGAAGGAAGGUCAUUAGUGUGGAUGCUCGUAAUCACGGAGAUAGCAGACAUUCAUCCCAACAUACAUAUGUUCACAUGGCUCACGAUGUUAUGAAACUUUUAAAAAAGUUGGAAUUAUCUAAAGUGGCCCUCCUUGGACAUAGUAUGGGCGGCCGUACUGCUAUGGUGCUGUCUCUGCUUUGUUCUGACUUAGUAUCAAGUCUCAUCAUAGUGGAUAUCUCACCUGUUAAAACAAGUCCACAGAUUUUCACUAUGGCUAACUUAUUUGAUGCAAUGUCAUCGGUGAUGAUUAGACCUGGUAUAGCAAUGUCUAAAGCACGAAAACUAGCUGAUGAACAACUGAAAAGCAUCACCCCUGAUGUGAACUUAAGAAACUUCUUAAUUACUAAUUUAGUACAAACUAAUACUGGUGCAUAUACAUGGAGAGUGAAUCUGCCAGCUUUAAAAGAAAAUUUUCAAUCCCACAUAUCUUGUUUUCCAUCAAAUUUAAGAGGCCUUCAAUAUUGUGGACCCACCAUGUUUAUUGGUGGAACUCUAUCAGAUUAUAUAGGGAAAAACGAUUUAAAAGAAAUUCAAGAAUACUUUCCCUUAGCAGAACUAGUGUUUGUAGAAGGAGCUGGACAUUGGGUUCAUAGUCAAAAACCAGAAAAGUUCUUAGAAAUUGUUUGUCAAUUCCUAUCAGAGAAAUAG